GGAAAAUGGCUCUUCCAUGACCCUGAAGGUGGUGGACCAGGAACUGAUUUCUGAGUGGACCGUGGUGGGUUUGUGGCAGGUAAAGAGUGCAGGUACCUGCAUGCUACAAACACCUGCUGGCUCUCAGCGGGAAAACAGCUCUUCCAUGAGCAGAAGGUCUCAGUACUCGCUUCGCCCGGAAAGGAUGACCUACCGCUGCUAGCCAAUCCAUGAAUCUCCCUCCAUGGACGUGCAGAUUUCCAGUUACCAUGUCUUAUAUUUAGGCCUAAGUGUCAUCUGUAUGGCUGUGGUUACCACACGUGUUUCUAUGGUUACUAUAACUAGACAUCUACCAGAAAAAGCAAGAUCGUCAUUUAUCCUGUAAUCAUAAAUGCCGGAUUAGCUCUAACAAAUGACACUCGGUUUUAAGUACCCUAGUCUAAUUGUUACUAGAAGACGGGGUCGUCAGCUGCUCCGCUAGCGAGGCUCCGGAGCGGCACUUCACACGGGCAUACUUCACAUUUUUCCCCGGAUGAGUGUGAAUGGAGGCAUUGUGCACCUCCGUGUGUCACCGGAUGGGAGGCGGGGACCUCUCACUGCCACCGGCAGCUUUGCAAGACGACGUUCGCUGGAGCAUCGCCGCGCAUAAUGACAGUGUAAUUGUUGAGGGCCCUCGAGCCACGCAGAAUGGGCUCCUCAAACACAUAAACUGGGUGAAGUUCAGCUCAGCACUUGAGGUUAGACGCCUCCUGAUGAUGACGGUAUACAUGGGUCCCAGCAGCACUCAGAGGACGGCCUUGCGAAGCCCAAUGCAGGACGACGACGACGGGCUUCCCGGACCGGGCCUCCCCAAGAACUCAAAAGAUGACGAAGAAGCCCUGAACUCCAUCAUGAAGGACCUGGCUGCCCUGGGCCUCUGCUCCCAGCUCAACAGCAGUAAAGACCAGAACAGGUGUCUGCUCUUCAGACCGGAUCUGCGGAUAAAGCUGGAACAUGAGGGUGAGAGACGGAUCAUCCCAUUCAUGAGGCCGAUGAAGUAUAAAGAGCUCCUCCAGAAGGUCACCAAUGCCUUUGGGCAGCAGAUGGACUUAUUCUAUGGCGAUAAAGAGCAUCCGCUGAGGUGUCAGGAGGAUUUGGACAAGGCCCUGCUGAGCCUGGAGCGCAGCCCGACCGGCACCAGCCUUCGGGUGUUCCUCAAGGCAGCUGAAAACCGCCACCUCCUGCAGGUCAACAGAGCGGACAGGCAGAGCGAGAUGAGAUCCUCAAAGUCUCUGGGAGAUCUGAAGUGCUCCCCGUUCAAAGGAGCGGAGAAAACUCGCAAGCACUCCACGGGAUCAGUGUGCACGGGCCGCAGCUCGCCCCCUCCUGGCAGUGUACCAGAAGAGCAGCAGCAGAUAGCCCGGCAGGGCUCUUACACCAGCAUUAACAGCGAGGGCGAGUUCAUCCCCGAGACCCCAGAGCAGAACAUCCUAAAGCCUUUCAGAAGUUUGGAUGAUUCGCUGCCCGAAAACUGUGACUCGCUGGACCAGACGCUGGACAGCCCUCCGUUCCCCCAGACCGGCCGGGACAAUAAUUACCCAAGCCUCAGCUACGAAUACAAAGGUAGGCACAAUAAAGGCGGCACCUUCCCCAGGCAGUUCCACCUUUCCAGUCACAGGAAAGACUACAGUGAUGGAUGGCGGACUUUCCCCCGCAGCUUCAUGCCCCAGGAAAACCCAUUCCAACUGGUGCGCCCCGGCCGCGUCAGCAGCUUCGGGGACGGUACCCUGCAGUCCUCUGACCUCCACUCCCUGGACUGGACGGCGGAGCUCACGGCCCCCUCCAAGCCCCCUCAGGCGCCUGUCAACUGGCGACAGGGGAAGCUGUUGGGACGCGGAGCUUACGGGGAGGUCUACCUCUGCUACGACGCAGACACGGGUCGCGAACUCGCCGUCAAGCAGGUUUCCUUCGACCCCGAGUGUCAGCAGACCAGCAAGGAGGUCAAUGCCCUGGAGUGUGAGAUCCAGCUGCUGAAGAACCUGCGGCACGAGCGCAUCGUGCAGUACUACGGCUGCCAGCGGGACCCAGAGCACCGCAAGCUCUCCAUCUUCGUGGAGUUCAUGCCUGGGGGCUCGAUAAAGGACCAGCUGAAGGCGUACGGCGCCCUGACCGAGAAGGUGACACGCAGAUACACACGGCAGAUCCUCCAAGGGGUUCUUUUUCUUCACCGAAACAUGAUUGUUCACAGAGACAUCAAAGGUGCUAACGUCCUGAGAGAUCCCUCCGGAAACGUGAAGCUGGGCGACUUUGGUGCCAGCAAACGCAUUCAGACCAUCUGCAUGUCAGGGACGGGGAUCAAGACGGUCACCGGCACCCCCUACUGGAUGAGCCCAGAAGUUAUAAAUGGAGAGGGAUACGGGCGGAAGGCUGACAUCUGGAGCGUGGCGUGCACGGUGGUGGAGAUGCUGACCCAGAAGCCCCCCUGGGCAGAAUACGAGGCCAUGGCAGCCAUCUUCAAGAUCGCCACGCAGCCCACCAAGCCGGCGCUUCCUCAGGACGUGUCUGACUCGUGCCGGGAUUUCUUGCGGCUGGUGUUUGUGGAGGAGAAACGCCGGCCCACGGCGGAGCAGCUACUCACGCAUCCCUUCGUCCAGGGCACCUCAUAGACCUUGCUAAGGGGGGAGAUCAUUGGCAAAACUCAGCUCCUGCACUUUGACCGGAACCUCUCUGCCUUCCAGAGUCACCAGCAAAUCUCCCCACAAAGAACUAUGUCCCCAACUGUGCUACGGGAACCUGAUGGACUGAACCACAAUCACUGGCGGAGGCGCACGAGGCGCAGCCUUUGUAAACCACUGGGGGGGGCAGGGGAUGCGUAAGUGUGUCCAUUGCCAAAGGAUGUUCUUUCCAAGAUGAGAAAGUUUAGGUUGGUUCGCAAACAGAGGGCGCUGUGUGCUCAGUGACCUCCUGACCCUGCUUAACCCGGGCCGGCCCAGCGCAGUGAGUGGGAGCGGACAGGGAGUUGAGAUCAUGCCGCACUGGUAUCCGGUGCUUCAGGAAUCCCGCCAUGGGAUUCCUCCGGCAAGCCAGUCAACUUUGUUUUCUCACAGCAUUUUGACGAUGGCCCUUACGGUCAGUACUGUAAAAUUUAAGAUUACUGUAAAUUCCUCGUUUAGAAGACUUGUUAGGUCGCGGAACUCAUCAGUGACUGAUACUAGCCCAUUUAUAUGGAGAUGUGCCCGUCUGUGCUUGUCAGAUUGAGAGAGAACACACACUGAAACUUUGACCUGAUCAACAAUAGCUGUGCACUGACAGUCAAUAUGUCUGCAUCGAGAAGGUGCUGUGUUACUGAAAACUUAGAACUUCGUAGAGAUUCCAUAACACUCACUUGUCCUUGCCAUUUUUUGUUAUUAUAUGUCGAUAGGCCAAGUAUUUCAAUUAAUUAGUGAAAGCUGAUAUUUUUGGGUACUUUUCUACCAUUUUGUGCUACCAACUGGUUCGUCGUGAUAUUUAAGGAGAGAGCCACCAGCUUUUGUAUUGUUACCAUGGUGAAUGUUGUGACAAACAGCAAUACUCUGAAGCAGACAAUCAGGACUGGAUUCAGGCCUCGUAGGCCAAGCAUCUCGCCUUGAUCAGGUGGAUAUAAGCUCACUUUCUCCAGCCCCUGUGCGAAUGACCAAAGAUGGUGAACGCUCGUCUAUUCAGUGAAGAUGCCAGGUGAUUGCUACAGCCCCAUUCUGUGUGCUGUCUCCAUCGCGGGUCUCAUUCACUGAAGUCGGAGUGCGGUGAUGUGUAGCCCCUGGGAGUUAGUUACAGAAAAAUGUUCUGAGGGCAGAAUGAAAAAUGAUUGGUUCAGGGAAAUGACCAAUCAGACUAUAGAGGAGGUGGGACCAAGACAUCUGACUGGUUGGACCCACCUCCUGUACAAUCUUAUUGGUUAUCUCUCUGAACCUAUCAUUUUUCCUUCUGCCCUCAGAACGUUUUUCUGGCAUGAUGUACCGUUUGGCAUAAGGAUCAGCUACUGUCUGAACGAUAUACAACCACAGCAACAUGAACUGACACAUCUGUGCCAAAACCACAGGCAGCUUUGGGUCAAAAAGAAGAAAAAGCACGUUUCCAUUAAAAGAGUAUUUAUCUUAAUUUAUUAAGAAUGAAGUGUUCUUAUUUGAUCUUUUAGUGCUCUAAGCAUUAUGAAAAAAAAAAUGUUAGCCACAUUUUAAAAAGGCGUCUUUGUGAAAUUUUAUAAUAAAAACUGUUUGGGCUCAGAUGAUUAAAUCUGGCCUCGAGCAAGUUAAAUUUUGUAAAAGGAAAAAGGUAAUCAAAGAGCCUGUUUCAGGCAGAAUUACUCCUACAUUUGCCGAACGGUAAGAAAUAAAGCUUAACGAUCAUUGUAUGCUCUAGGUGCCUUCUUCAAACACUUUCAGAGAAACAUGGUCUUUGGUGACUGAACGUCAAUCCAAGCGUACACCUGAACAGAGGAAUUAGAAUCAUGGAUUUUCUCUGUACUGGAUGAUUGCGUAGAUGAUUUCGAUGCCACGCAGUUUUGAAAUCUUUUUUUUUAACGUAUACAAAAACGGAGGACCGUGGAGCAUGUUGACGACGGUGUUCUAAGCUGACCGCUGGACAGCGUACCCUGUAAACGGCAGUCACAUGAUUGGGUGCGAGGAUGUUGUACUGCGUCGCUUGACGCUCCUCAUUGACCGACCUUGGAAGCAUUUAUCCUUUAACAAAACCCUGUACGUGUAAGAAUGUGAAUUAUUAAACAUAUUUUUAAGACCAUAA